AUGCAGCCAACAACACUUGUGCAUGGCAAAGACAUCUACAUGCUGCUGGGAAAAUACAGCCGCACAACGGCUGCGGGUCAAGACGCUGGCAACAAGCAUUGGGGGUUUUUGCUGGUGAAGGGGAGUGUCACUGGAGACAAUGAAGCGAAGAAAAUCGAAUGGGGUGAGACUCGUGCAGUGAGUGCUGAGUCUUUAGGACUUCCUCUCUCCUGGACGCACUUAUCUGCUGGCGGAGGGUCGGGUGUUGUGCUGAGUGACGGCACGCUUGUGUUCCCCAUGCAGGCCACAGAUAAGGAUGGAAAGAAUGAGUUGUUGGUCAUGCGUUUGGAGGCGUCCAAGGGUAAGUGGACGGUUUCGUGGGAGACGACGGGUGGGGGCUGCAGGGAGCCAUCCAUAGUGGAGUGGGAAGGAGAUCAAAAACUUAUUGCGAUAGCUCCUUGUGUGGGAGGCUACUACGACGCGUACAAGUCCACUGGGGCUGGUACAGAUUGGUUUGGCAGUACGCCAAUCACUCGCGUGUGGGGCACCUCACUGAAGCGUCAAGGGGACGGCGUGCGGAGCGGCUUCAUCACCGCAGCCAUCGAGGACAAGAAGGUGAUGCUCCUCACCACGCCUGUGUAUUCAGAGGAGAAAAAGGAAGACAACAAAAAAGGAAAGGGCCGGCUGCAUCUUUGGGUGACAGACAAUGCCCGUGUGCAUGACGUUGGGCCGGUAUCCAGUGAAGAGCACGACGCUGCCGCCAGCUCCCUGCUGUACAGAAAGAAGAGUGAGAAGGAGGAGGAGUUGGUUUUGCUGUACGAGAAGAAGAAUGAUGGUGAUGACUCAUUCAGCCUUGUCUCUGUGCGCCUGACUGCGCAGUUGGAACUGAUAAAAGAAGUGGUGAAAACUUGGAAA